UUGUUGCUCUCAAUUAGUCAAUUACCGACACAUCUUCAUCUUCAUUAAGCUAUCACAAAGACAACAUUAGUAACAAAAUAGAACAAAAAAAUAUCUCUUUAAUCAAAUUUCCAAAGUACAACUAAAGAUGGGAGAACAUAGAGAAAGGUAUGCAGUGGUGACUGGAUCGAACAAAGGAAUUGGAUUAGAGAUAGUAAGGCAAUUAGCUUCAGCUGGAAUCAAAGUGGUGCUUACAGCAAGAGAUGAGAAAAGAGGUCUUCAUGCUUUGGAAACACUCAAAGCAUCUGGUUUAUCUGAUUUUGUUGUAUUUCAUCAACUAGAUGUGGCUGAUGCUGCAAGUGUAGCCUCUCUUGCAGAUUUUAUCAAAUCUCAAUUUGGCAAACUUGAUAUUCUGGUUAACAAUGCUGGGAUUAACGGAAUUGAAAUUAAAGACAGUGAUUUAUACAGUCAAGUACUCAUUACGAACGGGGCACAAUCUGAUGAGGAAUUGAGAAGGACAAUGACAUAUACAUUUGAGUCAGCUAAAGAAUGCAUAGAAAUAAAUUAUUAUGGAGCUAAAAGAACAUUUGAAUACCUUCUUCCCCUCCUUCAAUUAUCUGAUUCACCAAAAGUAGUCAAUGUAUCAUCAGGAUUGGGCAAGAUAGAGUUUGUAUCGAAUGAAUGGGCUAAAGGAGUCUUCAGUGAUGUUGAAAAUCUUACAGAAGAGAGAAUAGAUGAAGUGAUAAAGGAGUUUAUCAAAGAUUUUGAAGAAGGGUCCUUAGAAAGAAAAGGUUGGCCUAGAUAUUUGGCUGCCUAUACUGUUGCUAAAGCUUCUAUGAAUGCUUACACAAGAAUUACUGCAAAGAAGUAUCCUAACUUCUGCAUCAAUUGUGUUUGCCCUGGUUAUGUCAAAACCGAUAUAACUGCUAAUACCGGUUUCUUCACAGUGGAAGAAGGUGCUGCUCAUCCUGUUAGGUUAGCACUGCUUCCCAAUGGUAGUCCAUCCGGCGUUUACUAUAUCCGGAAUGAAGUCUAUCCAUUUUGAUUGAUUUUAUAUGGAGAAUGCUAAUAAGUAUCCUUACGACAAUGUUUAAGCAAUAUAAAUAGGGAACUUUAGUAUAGAAAGUGAUCGGUUUAAUACUCGAUCAAAUGUUUGACUUAUUUUUCCAAGACAUUUUUUUUUAUUUUUUUGAAUUCCGUAAACAAUGUCAUUAGAAAGCUUGUUGGCGUGAACUAUUCAUGUUAUUUAUAGGGAAAUGUUAACUAGUGUCCACGGGGCACUGGUUAAGGAUCUUAAAUAGUAA